AAGGGGAAGGGGCCGCGGAAUAAGGGAGAAGGAGGGGAAGACUCGCGCUGGCGUGCUAGUCUCACCGCCGCCAUCGCGCCGUCGUCCUGCUCAGCGCUGCCGUCCCAUCUUGCCGCGCCACCAUGCCAUGCUUUGAGGGCUGUCACGCAAGGGAAGAGAGAACAGAACAUGCCGCCGCGCCCUGCCGUCGAUCCGCGUCUCGCCGUCGCGCCACCGUCCCCGUGCCGCCAUCAUUCGGUCCAUCCGCGAGUCGCCGAGCCAGGCUGAGAGAAAGGGAGACGCGCGAAGGAGAGAACGGAUCUGAGGCCGAGCUGAGGUCCAACCACCGCAUCGGAGUCCUUCCGCGUUGCCGCCGUACGCGCCAUGACCUCCAGCCGCGCCGUUGCCAGUUGUGCUUACUCUGCCGCCGUGAAGCCCACCUGCUGUUGGGAACCUUAUCGCCGCUCAUGGGGUGCGCCAGUAAGCCUCUGCCGCCGGAAAACAUCACUGCUGCUGUGUCGCCGGAGCUUCUGGCCGAGCCUCAACUGCCGGGAACGCCGCUGCCGCCACCGAGCUCCAUUGCCGGUAAGGCUUUUAAGUUGAGUUUCCCUUCUGUUGAGUUUCCUGGAACUUCAUCGUCGCUGCGUGUGGUUCAGAUCACCGCUGCUACUUGGGGCUGACUGCCGGGGCUACCG